GCCUCGCCUCGGCCUGGCCCCGUGGACCAUGUCGCCAUGUCGGAAGUGAGGAAGUUCACCAAGCGGCUCAGCAAGCCGGGCACGGCCGCCGAGCUCCGGCAGAGCGUCUCGGAGGCGGUGCGCAGCUCCUUCGUGCUGGAAAAAACCAGAGUGGUUGAGCCCUUGGACUAUGAGAACGUGAUCCUCCAGCGCAAGGUUCAGAUCUACAGUGAUCCCCUCCGAGACUUGCUGAUAUUCCCCAUUGAGGAUGUGUCUAUCUCAGUCAUCAGCAGGCAGAGAAGGACUCUGCAGUCGACAGUGCCAGAAGAUGCUCUAAAGAAAGCACAGAGUCUCUUUGUCAAAGAGUGCAUUAAAACCUACAGCUCCGACUGGCACGUGGUGAACUACAAGUAUGAGGAAUACUCGGGAGACUUCCGCAUGUUGCCGUGCAAAUCCUUUAGGCCAGAUAAGAUUCCAAGCCAUGUGUUUGAAAUUGAUGAAGACUUUGAAAAGGAUGAGGAUUCCUCCUCCCUGUGCUCCCAGAAGGGUGGUGUGAUAAAGCAAGGCUGGCUGCACAAAGCCAAUGUCAACAGCACAAUCACUGUGACCAUGAAGGUGUUCAAGAGGAGGUAUUUUUACCUGUCACAGCUGACAGAUGGCUCCUACAUCCUGAAUUCCUACAAAGAUGAGAAGAUUUCAAAGGAAUCCAAGGGCUGCAUUUUCCUGGAUGCUUGCAAUGAUGUUGUUCAGUGCCCCAAGAUGCGCCGCUACGCCUUCGAGCUGAAGACCAUCGACAAGUACAGUCACUACCUGGCUGCUGAGACCGAGCAGGAGAUGGAGGAGUGGCUGCUGACUCUCAGGAAGAUCAUCCAGAGCAACGCUGAGACUCUGGCACAAGAGAAGAAGGAGGCUGUGGAAUCUGUGCAAGAUGAUGAAUCAAGCACGCAGGGAAAAUCAGAGAACAUCCUGGAGAGCCUGGAGAGGAGCAUGCACCCAGAGCUGAUGAAGUAUGGAAGAGAAACAGAUCAGCUGAACAAACUGAGCAGAAAUGAUGGCAGACAAAACCUCUUCUCUUUCGAUCCAGAAGUCCAGAGGCUGGACUUCUCAGGGCUUGAGCCAGACGUGAAGCCAUUUGAGGAGAAGAGCAGCAGGCGCUUCGUGGUGUGCUGCCAGGACUUCUCCCUCAACCUCCUUGCUCAGCUCAGCGACAGGUCGGACGCAGGACCUACCAACGUUGAGCCCUUUUUCCUAAGCUUGGCAUUAUUUGACCUGAAAAACAAUUGCAAGAUUUCAGCUGACUUCCACGUGGACCUGAACUCUCCACCUGUCCGUGAGAUGCUGCUGGAGACCGCCGGGAGCGAGGGCACCAAGGGACACUGUGCAGCAGAGAACCUUCUCCAUGGGGUUCCUGAGUCCCACCUGCACUACAUCAAACGGGGGGUUUUCUCUGUGACUGACCCACAUGUGGAGAUCUUCCUGGUGGCUCGUGUGGAGAAGGUGCUGCAGGGCAGCAUUACACACUGCGCAGAGCCCUACAUGAAAAACUCCGACCCCGGCAAGACCGCCCAGAAGGUCCAUAAGGUGGCCAAGCAGGUGUGCAGCCGUCUGGGACAGUACCGGAUGCCCUUUGGCUGGGCUGCCAGGCCAGUUUUCAAAGACUCCCAGGGCACUCUUGAUGCUGAAGGGAAGUUCUCACCCCUGUACAAGCAAGACAGCAGCAAAAUCUCAAAUGAAGACAUGCUGAAGCUUUUAGCAGAGUACAAGAAACCAGAGAAGACAAAGCUGCAGGUCAUUCCAGCCCAGUUAAAUGUCAUCAUCCAAGACAUUCCUCUGGACUUCACAAAUUGUGUCACAGCGUCUUACAUUCCUAUAAAGCCUUUUGAGAAGAGCUGUGAGGACAUGGCAGUUGAAGUGGAGGAGCUUGUCCCAGAAGUUGCAAAGUACUGUUAUCCCUUCACUGUCUACAAAAACCACCUCUAUGUCUACCCCUUGCAUCUGAAGUAUGAGAACCAGAAGGUGUUUGCAAAGGCAAGGAAUAUUGCUGUCUGUAUUGAGUUCAGGGAUUCAGAUGAAGCUGAUGCCAGGCCAUUAAAGUGUAUAUAUGGCAAACCCGGAGGCCAUCUCCUGACGACCAAUGCUUAUGCUGCUGUGCUGCACCACAACCAAAGCCCAGAGUUCUAUGACGAGAUUAAAAUUGAGCUUCCAAUUCACCUCCAUCAAAAGCAUCAUUUGCUUUUCACCUUCUAUCAUGUCAGCUGUGAAAUUAACACAAAGGCAACAGUGAAAAAACAGGACACCGUUGAGACCCAAGUGGGAUACUCCUGGGUGCCCUUGCUGAAGGACGGACGGAUUGCCAGCCAGGAGCGGCAUUUGCCGGUUUCGGCCAACCUGCCUCCUGCCUACCUGAGCCUGGCAGACACCGAGGCACGGAGGCAGCCCGGCCUGGAUGCCAAAUGGGUGGAUGGAGCAAAGCCGCUGUUCAAAAUCAGAAUCCACUUGGACUCCACCAUUUACACCCAGGACAUGCACUUGCACAAAUUCUUCCAGUACUGCCAGCUGGUGCAGGCGGGAGCUAAGGAGGUCCCAGGAGAGCUUGUUAAAUACCUGAAGUGUUUGCACGCCAUGGAGAUCCAAGUAAUGAUUCAGUUUCUACCUGUAAUUCUUAUGCAACUCUUUAGAGUCCUCACCCACGUGAGCCAGGAAGAUGAAGUGGCUGUCAACUGCACCAUGGUUCUUCUGCACAUUGUGUCCAAGUGCCAUGAAGAAGGUCUAGACCACUACUUGCGCUCCUUCCUAAAGUAUGUCUUCCGAGCUGAGAAACCCAGUGCUACCCAGGCGAAGAUGACCCACGAGAUCCUGGUGCUUGCCAUGGCCACCAUCCUGAAGCAGUCAGCAGAUUUUCUGGCCAUCAAUAAGCUGCUCAAGCACUCCUGGUUUUUCUUCGAAGCGCUGGCAAAGUCGAUGGCAAUGUAUUUGCUGGAAGAAAACAAAAUCAAGCUGCCCCGGGCCCAGCGCUUCCCUGACUCCUACCAGCACGCCCUGCAUUCCCUGCUGCUGGCCAUCAUUCCUCACGUCACCAUUCGCUACAACGAGAUCCCUGAAGAGUCCAGAAAUGUCAACUUCAGCUUGGCCAACUUCCUGAAGCGUUGUUUGACCUUUAUGGACAGAGGAUUUGUUUUUAACUUGAUAAAUGAUUACAUUUCUGGAUUCAGCCCAAAAGACCCUAAGCUGCUGGUUGAGUACAAGUUUGAAUUUCUUCAAACCAUCUGCAAUCAUGAGCACUACAUUCCUCUGAACUUACCAAUGACCUUUGCCAAACCCAAGCUGCAGAGAGUUCAAGACACGACUCUUGAAUACAGUUUAACCGAUGAGUAUUGCAGACAUCACUUCCUGGUGGGGCUGCUUCUCAGGGAAGCCUCUGUUGCCUUGCAGGACAGCUAUGAUAUCAGAUACACAGCCAUCUCAGUCUUGAAGAACCUCCUGAUAAAGCAUGCCUUUGACAACAGAUACCAGCACAAGAACCAGCAGGCAAAGAUUGCCCAGCUCUACCUGCCCCUGUUUGGGCUGCUCCUGGAGAACCUGCAGCGAGUGGCCAGCCGUGAGGCCCUCUACUCCUGUUCUGCUGCCUCCAGCCCUGCAUCCAGAGAUGACUUUGUAUGCAGUUUUGCAUCCCCUUCAAACAGAUCCAGCCUGCUGGCAGACAAAGAUUCAGCCUGUGGAGCAGCCCUUUCAAAUGGCCAUGCAAUGAAAAGAGAGGACUCUAAAGGAUCCCUGAACUCAGAAGGGGCAACCAGCUCCCCGGAUCACAGUGAAAAUGUGCGCAGAAGCUCCACGAGGAGCAGCGUUUCGCACUGCGGCCGCCUGGACCACUUCGAGAUCCGGACACUGCUCAUGUGCUACCUCCACCUGGUGAAGAUGCUCUCUGAAGAUACUCUUUUAGCUUACUGGAACAAAUUCUCCCCCCAGGAGCUGAUCAACGUCCUUGUGCUUCUGGAGGUGUGCUUGUUCCACUUCAGAUAUGUGGGGAAGAGGAAUAUUGCCAGGGUGCAGGAGGCCUGGUUCUCCAAGCACGCGGGAGCCGAGCGGAAGUCGCAGACGAUGCCAGCGCUGCGCAGCAGAGCCGGGGGCAUGCAGGUGCGGCUGCAGCACCUGGGCAGCUUGGAGACCUCCUUCACCCUUAACCACAAUGCAGGCACCUCAGAAGCAGAUAUCAUGCACCAGGCAUUACUGGAGGGCAAUAUAGCCACUGAAGUGUGCCUGACAGUCCUGGACACCAUCUCUUUUUUCACUCAGAGUUUCAAGACUCAGCUUUUAAGCAACGAGGGCCACAAUCCACUCAUGAAGAAAGUGUUUGAUAUUCACCUGGCUUUUCUCAAAAAUGGGCAGUCAGAAGCAGCUCUUAAGCAUGUGUUUGCCUCCCUGAGAGCCUUCAUUAGCAAGUUCCCCUCAGCAUUUUUCAAGGGCAGGGUGAACAUGUGUGCUGCCCUCUGCUACGAGGUCCUGAAGUGCUGCUCUUCCAAGGUGUCCUCCACAAGGAACGAAGCCUCAGCCCUGCUCUACCUCCUGAUGAGAAACAACUUUGAGUUCACCAAAAGGAGAACGUUUCUGCGGACACAUCUCCAGAUUAUAAUUGCAGUGAGCCAGUUAAUAGCAGAUGUGGCACUCAGCGGUGGGACAAGGUUUCAGGACUCCUUGCUCAUCAUUAACAACUUUGCAAACAGUGACAGGCCUAUGAAGGCAACUGCUUUUCCUUCCGAAGUCAAGGACCUGACAAAGAGGAUCCGAACCGUGCUGAUGGCUACUGCUCAAAUGAAAGAACACGAGAAGGACCCAGAGAUGCUGAUAGAUCUGCAGUACAGCUUAGCCAAAUCCUAUGCCAGCACCCCAGAGCUGCGCAAGACCUGGCUGGACAGCAUGGCAAAGAUCCACGUGAAGAACGGAGACCUCUCGGAGGCAGCCAUGUGUUACGUUCAUGUAGCAGCCCUGGUGGCGGAGUUUCUGCACAGGAAAAAACUCUUCCCCAGUGGAUGCACUGCCUUCAGGAAGAUCACUCCCAACAUCGAUGAAGAAGGUGCGAUGAAGGAAGAUGGUGGGAUGAUGGAUGUCCAUUACAGUGAGGAAGUGCUGCUGGAGCUGCUGGAGCAGUGUGUGGAUGGCCUGUGGAAAGCGGAGCGUUACGAAACCAUCUCCGAAGUCUCCAAACUGAUCAUUCCGAUUUAUGAGAAGAGGAGAGAAUUUGAGAAACUUACUCAGCUGUACAGAACACUUCAUGGAGCAUAUGCCAAGAUAUUGGAAGUAAUGCACUCAAGGAAGAGGCUUCUUGGAACCUUUUUCAGGGUGGCCUUUUAUGGACAAGCAUUCUUUGAAGAAGAAGAUGGGAAGGAAUACAUCUACAAGGAACCCAAGCUGACAGGCCUCUCAGAGAUCUCCUUCAGACUGCUUAAACUUUAUGGAGAAAAAUUUGGGUCAGAGACUGUAAAGAUCAUCCAGGAUUCUAACAAGGUCAACAUCAAAGAUCUUGAUCCCAAGUAUGCCCACAUCCAAGUGACCUUUGUGAAGCCUUAUUUUGAAGAGAAAGAAAUUUCAGAGAGAAAGACUGAGUUUGAAAGGAAUCAUAACAUCAACAGAUUUGUUUUUGAAACUCCUUACACUUUAUCUGGGAAGAAGCAUGGCAGUGUGGAGGAACAGUGUAAGAAAAGGACCAUCCUAACCACAUUGAACUCCUUUCCAUAUGUCAAGAAGAGGAUUCCAGUCAAUUAUGAACAUCAGGUUAACUUAAAACCAAUCGAUGUGGCUACUGAUGAGAUAAAAGACAAGACCGCAGAGCUGCAGCAGCUCUGCUCUGCUGCUGAUGUUGACAUGAUCCAGCUGCAGCUCAAACUGCAGGGCUGUGUUUCUGCACAGGUUAAUGCAGGUCCCUUGGCCUAUGCCAGGGCUUUCCUAAGUGACAGCCAGUCCAGCAAAUAUCCUGCUAAGAAGGUGACUGAGUUAAAAGAAAUGUUCAGGAAAUUCAUACAAGUGUGUGGAAUUGCUCUGGAGCUCAAUGAGAGGCUCAUUAAGGAGGACCAGGUGGAGUACCACGAAGGGCUGAAAUCAAACUUCCGGGACAUGGCGAGAGAGCUGUCUGACAUCAUCCACGAGCAGAUCUACCAGGAAGACACAGUGCAUUCCCCCUGGAUGCAGGACUCCCUGCACGUCUUCUGCGCCAUCAGCGGCACGGCUGGUGACGGAAGUUACUGCUCCCUCCGAGCCGCUGCCGACCUCUGAACACACCGACUCACACUGCACACAGCUUUCUCAGGAACACUUGGAACCGUGCAAGCAAUGUCUGGAACAAAACAAAAGCA